AUGGCAUUUUUUUAUAUACUGCCAGUGAUACUGCUAGUGAUUUUUACUGCUUCAUUCAUACUAAUUAUGAGAACAAUUCGAUCUGACUAUUCCAAUGUCAGUAUCCCUCCUGGAGUGAAUCAUCCUGGAAAGCUUCGAAUUGUCCUUGCUUCUAUGAUCAGUACAUCUGUUAUGGGGAAGAUUUUGGAAAAGAUGGAGGUGUGCAGCCAGAUCGCCUUCACCCGCUACGUGCGCUCCGGGAGGAAGCUGGGGCCGGACCCGCAGCUCUCGCUGGGGGACGCGCGGUUCGGCCGGGUGCCGGUGAGGGUCUACCGGCCCCGCGCGCCAUCUGCCGUUCUGCGGCCGGGCGCCAUCUUCUUCCACGGCGGCGGCUGGCUGUACUGCAGCAUCGAUUCCCAUGAAAAGAUCUGCCGUUACAUUGCCAGAGAAAGCAAGUCGGUGGUUGUGUCUGUUGGGUAUCGUUUAGCUCCUGAACACAAGUACCCUGCUGCAUAUGAAGACUGUCUUAAUGCCACCAUACACUUUAUGAAGAAUAUCGAGCACUAUGGUGUGGAUCCUGCCCGUAUAAUUGUCUGUGGGGACAGUGCUGGGGGCAAUCUAGCAGCUGCUGUGAGCCAGACCCUUGCGGGUAGAUCAGACCUCCCCAAACUACGUGCUCAGAUCCUGAUCUACCCGGGCCUUCAGGCAGUGGACUUCAAUUUACCGUCUUAUCAGCAGAAUCAAGGAGUCCCACUGUUAUUCCGAGAACGUGCUGCUUUCUUUGCUUUGCAGUACCUAAAUGGGGAUGCAUUGCACAUGCAAGAGUUCUUAGAUGGCUCUCAUAUUCCUCCAGAUAUGAGGCUGAAGUACAGGAAGUGGGUGAGUCCAGAUAACAUUCCUGAAAAAUUUAAGGUCAGAGGCUACAAACCACACAAGCCCCAUGAAUUCAAGCCUGAAGUUUUUGAGAAAGUUAAAGGAUUCUGUGAGCCCAACCUGUGCCCACUGUUAGCCGAAGAUGCUAUUGUUCAGCAGCUGCCCGAGUCUUUCAUCUUGACUUGCGAGUAUGACGUGCUGAGGGACGAUGGCUUGCUUUACAAGAAGAGAUUGGAGGACAAUGGUGUUCGAGUGACCUGGUUCCACCUCGAGGAUGGAUUCCAUGGAAUCAUAAGCUUAUUUGAUUAUUGUGGUUUGUCAUUUCCAGCUGGGAAAAAGGGACUGGACAGCGUAGUUAAAUUCAUAAAAGGCCUGUAG